CCUAAAACUAAAUCUAAUAAUAUAUUCAUAAAAAUUAUUGUAUAUAUAUAUAUCAAAGAUAGAUCCAAUGUAAAAAGAAUUUUCAUUUGCAUAGCUCAAAUCCAUUUUUUCUUUUCUUCAGAGAUUUCCAUGGAGAUAGAGCAGAGAAAGAUCAUGAAGAGAGAAGAAGUUGAUACCGAAGAGAACGAUAAUCAACUGCCACUACAAGAAGAAGAACAAGAAACAGAGGAAGAAAUGUCUGGGAGGACGAUCGAACCGUGGACGAAGCAGAUAACGGUGAGAGGAGUUUUAGUGAGCAUAGUGAUCGGAGUUGUGUUCAGUGUGAUAGCUCAGAAGCUAAAUCUUACGACAGGGAUUGUUCCCAACCUCAACAGCUCUGCAGCUUUACUGGCUUUUGUCUUCGUCCAGACAUGGACUAAGAUUCUCAAGAAAUCAGGAUUUGUCUCGAAACCAUUCACAAGACAAGAGAACACAAUGAUUCAGACAUCUGCUGUUGCUUGUUACGGCAUCGCCGUCGGAGGUGGGUUUGCUUCAUAUCUUCUGGGGUUAAACCAUAAGACAUAUGUGUUAUCUGGUCCAAACAUGGAAGGUAACUCUGAGAAGAGUGUGAAAGAACCAGGCCUUGGUUGGAUGACUGCUUAUCUCUUUGCAGUGUGUUUCAUCGGUCUUUUCGUCUUAAUCCCUCUCCGUAAGGUUAUGAUUAUUGACCUUAAGCUAACAUAUCCGAGUGGUCUAGCUACUGCUGUACUCAUCAACGGCUUCCACACACAAGGAGAUGCACAAGCCAAGAAACAAGUGCGUGGCUUCAUGAAAUACUUCUCAUUUAGUUUCUUGUGGGGAUUUUUCCAGUGGUUUUUCUCUGGCAUAGAAGGUUGUGGGUUUGCUCAGUUCCCAACCUUAGGUUUGAAAGCUUGGAAACAAACGUUCUUCUUCGAUUUUAGCAUGACAUUUGUAGGAGCAGGAAUGAUAUGUUCACAUAUGGUUAACCUUUCUUUGCUUUUAGGAGCUAUUCUCUCUUACGGCUUAAUGUGGCCUCUUCUUGAUAAACUAAAAGGCUCUUGGUUCCCUGAUAAUCUCGACGAGCACAACAUGAAGAGCAUAUACGGUUACAAAGUCUUCUUAUCCGUAGCUCUAAUCCUCGGCGAUGGUCUCUACACUUUCGUUAAGAUCCUCUAUGUCACCAUUGUCAGUAUCAACGCAAGAGUGAAGAACAAACCUAAUGAUCUUGAUUCCGUGGGAGACAAGAAACAACAUAAGUUUCGCAAGGAAGAUGAGAACUUCCUAAGAGAUAAAAUCCCCAUGUGGAUAGGAAUCUCUGGAUAUCUUAUCUUCGCCGCGGUCUCAACCAUCGUGGUCCCUCUGAUAUUCCCACAGCUCAAAUGGUACUACGUUAUCGUAGCUUACAUUUUCGCACCGUGUCUUGCUUUCUGUAACGCCUACGGAGCUGGACUUACGGACAUUAACAUGGCUUAUAACUACGGUAAGAUCGGUCUGUUUGUUCUCGCGGCGGUGACGGGAAGAGAGAACGGAGUUGUGGCCGGACUAGCCGGAUGUGGUUUGAUCAAAUCGGUAGUUUCGGUUUCUUGUAUCUUGAUGCAAGAUUUCAAGACGGCUCAUUACACGAUGACGUCACCUAAGGCUAUGUUCGCUAGCCAGAUGAUCGGGACGGUCGUUGGAUGCAUCGUGACGCCGUUAAGUUUCUUCUUGUUCUACAGAGCGUUCGACGUCGGAAACCCUAACGGCGAGUUUAAGGCUCCUUACGCUUUGAUAUACAGGAACAUGGCGAUACUUGGGGUGCAAGGCUUCUCUGCUCUGCCUCUUCAUUGUCUCCAAAUGUGUUAUGGGUUUUUUGGGUUUGCGGUUUUGGUCAACGUGGUGAGGGAUCUUACUCCGGAGAAGGUGGGGAGGUUCAUGCCGCUUCCGACGGCCAUGGCGGUUCCGUUUCUGGUCGGAGCGUAUUUUGCGAUUGAUAUGUGUGUUGGGACUUUGGUUGUGUUUAUUUGGGAGAAGAGGAAUAGGAGGAAAGCAGAGGUUAUGGUUCCGGCGGUCGCGUCGGGGCUGAUCUGCGGGGAAGGGCUUUGGACUUUACCUGCGGCUGUACUUGCACUGGCUGGUGUAAAACCUCCGAUAUGUAUGAAGUUUUUAGCUUCUUAGGAUCGGUCAAAAGAGGAAAAAAAAAAAAAAGACUUGUGAAGUUAUUAACUGAGUUGUGAAGUUAGAAGAAGCAAAUGAUAUUAUAAUCAUUCUGUUCUUUGAAUAAUAAGAAGACUUGCCAACAAAAACAUCUUGUUUUUUUUUCUUUCUUUUUCUUGUUUCGUAGGAAUCAGUGGCGGAUCUAGAAAGUUUUAUAAUGUUGGC